AUGUCAGCACCAUUAAAUGAUAAUGAAAAUAUUGAACAUAAUGAUCAAAAUGGUUCUAGAGCAACACAAGACUCGGAAGAUUUAGAUCUAUCUAAAAAGGUAGAUGAGGCAACAGAUCUACUCCAGAAAACUAUCGAAUUGAUUAAUCAAGCACGAAUGAAUAAAUGCAAUUUUACUUUACCAAUUCUACGUGGCCUCAAUGAUAGAAGCGAUGAUACAAAGGAAGUGAUUCCAAUUAUAGAAACGGAAAAUGUCCCAGAAAAUCACUCGAAUUCCAUGGAGAAAUUACGACAAUAUGUUAAAUAUUCAUCAUCACCUAUAAAUAGUAAUUCAUUUUUCACCAAAGAUGCUUAUAAUAAGUAUUCACAUUAUUCAUUACAUCGUGUUUUUGAAAUGUCGGCUGAUCACCAAAGAAUCAAUUCUAAACUUGAUACUAAUCUUGAGACUAAUCUUGAGACCAAUCUUGAGACUAAUCUUGAGAUUAAUCCUGAGAUUAAUCCUGAGACUAAUCCUGAGACUAAUCUUGAGGAGAAACAAGACAACUCUAAUUUCAGUGAUGAUGAUUGUUUAAUGAUGGAUGAUCAAUCUGAAGAAGAAGAAGAUGUCUUUUCCAAAAUUUCAGAACAAUCAAAAGAGUCAAAAGUAAAGGAAACAGAAGAAAAAAAAGAGUUAAAAGUAAAGGAAACAGAAGAAACAAAAGAGUCGAAAGUAAAGGAAGCAGAAGUAUCAAAAAAAAAUAAAACAGAAACAAAGGAAACGGAAGCAUCAAAAACAAAUAAAACAGAAGCAAAGGAAACAGAAGAAUCUAUUGAUAUUAUUGGACCAUAUUUGCAAAUGCUUGACAAGUACAAAAAGAAAACUGAGAGAUCUAAUAUUACGCCAUUAACUUUCAUAGAUACAGCAUCUAUUUCUUCAGAUAAUACUUCACCUACAACAUUAUCACCAUUUUCAAAAUUUUCUCAAGAACAACAUAUAAAUUAUCUUCGUCUUUCUUUACUUUCCAAGAAUAAUCAAACUCUGAUAACUGAACAAGAUUGGAAUUUUCUCAAUAUUAUGAAAGAACGCUUCAAGGAAGAAAAGGAAGAAUACAUACAAUGGCUUUAUGAUAGAUCACAAGAACGAUUUGUUUAUUUGGAUCAACGAAUUGCAAAUCAACUUGAGAAACAUUUUGAAUUAUGUAGACAACGUAUUAUUAAAGAUUAUCCUAGAGUUUAUGAGGUUUUGUUUACAAUGGGACUCGCGCUUCCACCUCCAAUUCCAGGAGAACCAGUUUUAACAUUUGUACAGACUAUUAAAAGAAUUAUUAUUAAUUCAGUUGAUGAAAAAAAUAUAAAUAAUAUUAUUAAUUCAUUAACAAAUGAUGAAUUAAAAACAAAACAAAAAGAUUAUUGGAAAAAAAUGAGGAUGCCUGUUAUUAGUAAAGAUCCUUUAAUUCCAGAUAUGGUUAUUCAACAUAAAGUAAAUAUAGUAAUAUCAUCAGGUGGUUUAUGUGCUCUUGUUGCUUUACAAGCAUCUGCAGAAGUUGAAUUUGAAUUACCAAUUCGUGUAAUUGAGACUAAAGAUGGUGAUUUCACACUUAAAACGAUUUAUAUUGAUAAACCUUUGUUGGAGAAACGUUUAACUUCUAGGCAAAGAAAUCAAAUAUUUUAUAAUAUAGCAUUUGAAAGUACAUCAUUUAAUUCUGAUAUGGAGAUUAAUGAAGUUUUCAACAAUAAUAAUACAUCGAUAUCAGAUAAUGUUCAAAAUACAAUUCCUAUGGAAAUCAUAAAUAAUGGUGAUAAUUUGAAUGUUGAUAAUGCUCAAUCACAUGAAAUAUCAUCUGAGGAUUAUCUUCGUUCUGGAAAUUUGAUUUAUAGUCUUUGGAAUUUUGGAGAUAUUGUUAUUUUAAUCAGAUGUAAAGCACACGGAUUCAUUCAAGAAUUAGAUAAUAAUGAUUAUAAGAAACGAAUAGUUGGGAUAAAGACGAAAUUAGAAUAUCAAUUAGAUUUAGGAUCCGAAGAAAUUACAAAUUUGGAGAGAGCACGUUGGUGGAUUUAUUCUUAUAUUCGAAAUAGCGCACAUCUUAUUCUUGGACAUAUUGAUGUACCAAAGAAGGAAUUAGUAAAUAUAGAAAGAAGGCGAAUGGCUGAUAUAAUCCCUGAUGGAAAUUGGUAA